AUUCGAUAAACAUGUUCAUUUAAAAUUUACAAUUUUGUAGACGAUUUAGGCAUUUGUGUUUUAUAGAAAUAUUUUAUAUUUUCGCUAAAACUAACAUAUUAUGUUUUUUUUUUUCGUUAAAUCUAUGUGUUCACAGUCAUGUUAAUAAAUCGUGUUAAAGAAGAAGACGAAAGUGUCAACGAGAACGGUACCGUUGAUAAAGGCCACAAUUUGGAAGAAUAUCAGACAGCAAAUGAACUGUACGACAUUAUGACCCAAAAUAAUCCUCAUAAUUUGAACGUGUUGAAAAGUGAAGCACGCGAUUUAGUUAUUCUAUAUGAAAAUAUAGAUGUGGGUACAAAACUGAUAUCCAGCACCAUUAAUAAAGCAUCAAAUCAAUAUGUAGAAACAGUAAUAUACAAUGAUGAUCCUGACUCUGAAGAUUCUGAUGUUUGUGAACUUUAUAGCAAUGAGGAUUUAAAAAAUAUAUUUGCUAUAAACAAUGAGAGAAUAGAUCUUUUGAGUAACAUACCUUCAUUUGAAAAUUCACUUUGCCAAAAAUUUGGUAAUCAACACAUGAAAACAUCAAAUUUUUCUAAUGAAUACGAAAAACAUUUUCUAUUUAAUGAUCCAUUUAUUAAAGAACAAUUACAAAGCUUACAUGCAAUGACUGCUUCUAAACAGUCCGAUAGUGCAGUUCUUCCUAUGUCAUUAUUAGAUUACAUUUGUUGUAAACGCGUCGAAGAAAACUAUAACUUUUAUAUGGACAAUAUAAUCAAUUAUGUUCAAAAUACCAUAGAACAGUUAAAGCGUAUAAGUAACGGGGAUUACUUAACUGACAGAGUAAAAGAGAAGUGGAGAGAAGUUAAAGAAGAAUUUAUCAAUAAAACAAAUAAAAAUAAUAAACAUAUACCUUUAUCAAGUACCGACAAUAGCCCAUUGCCAAUUGUGGGAAAAUGUAGCGACCAAGUAUUCUUUACUUGGGAUGAAAUAGUACAUUCAGAAAUGGAUAUUAGAUGUCUGUCAAAAAUAUUGGAGAAAAAAAUAAUUGUAGAAAUACCAAAAUUAUUAUGCGGUUCUUACAAGCUAUUUACCAAGCGUUGUACGGAUAAUCUCACUUUAAGUUGCAAAAGAACAAACAAUCGCGUCACUCAUGUGAUUAGAGAAAAAUCAAGUGUGGAUAUCUUGGUAAAUUUACAACGAUCUGAGACUGGGCACAUGAAUCGUAAUAUUAAUUCCGUUAUAGUUUUGCAAUCAAUUAGACCAUCUCUUGCAAGAAAAGAAUCUCGUGUACACAACUAUGUUGCCUUACGUCUUAAGGAAAUAGAAAGUAACAAAGAAGAAAAUCUAAAAAUUAUUGAGUUAGAUGAUAAUGAUAAUUCCAUCAUCCAAGAAAAUGACAGAGUAAAGAAUGCGAGAAACAUCAAUACAGAAUUAGACUACGUAUUUUCUUCACGUAAUGAUAGCAAGUUCAAAUCAGAUAUGAGGUGUUCUUUAACACCUUCUGAUGAGCUAGGUCGUGCUAUGCAUCGAUUAAAUAUACAAUCUUCAGUGUUAGAAGAGAACGAAGAUCAUUCCAUUAAGAAAAAAAGGUCUCCUACGAGAAUUAGAAUAAAAUCACCGUAUGAAAAUAAAUCAUUUGUUUUAGAUGAGAGAAAGAGAAAGAGACUCUUAGAAAUCCGAGAAAGAAGAGAAAAGAAAAAGUUAGCUAUGAAUGAAAGUUGCAAAAUAACGAAACACAAAUUUGUUAAAGGUGCUGUAAUGGCCCAAUCUUCGAAUUCUGUUACAAAAUUAUCGAUUACAAAUAAAUCUUUUUAUAAUUCAAUAUAUGGACAUAAUAAUAUUGCAAAUAAAAAUUUUAAUAAAAAUGUUAUUAAUGAGCAAGAAAAAGACCCUAAUCUAACCUUAGACAUUGAAGAAUGUCAUGAAGAAUAUAAAAAAGCACAAUCCACACUAUCAUUAGGUAAAAAUGGUCAAAAAUAUAUUAAUCGAAGUUACUAUUUAGAUGAUGCAGAUACAGAAAUAAUGUACUUACAAAUGAAACAAAAUAAUGAUGAAGAUGAUACAAUUGAAAUUUUAACACCAUCUACAUCGGUAUUAUCAAGUGAUGUUGGUGCUAAGCUUUCUGGGUUUAGAAAUUUUAUAAAUCUAUCUACAACAGACUUUAGCGGCACGGAUACUACAUCAAGCUUACACCAAAAUACUUUACUCGAAAAUUCACCUGAAUAUGUGAAUAAACAAAAUAGUUGCCAGUUAUCACCACAUUUUACGGAAGUGUUAGUACCCAGUAAUACACCAAAACAAAAUGAUAGUAAUAGAAUUGAAAAGUGUAAAAAUAUUACUAUGUCUGUUGAGUGUAGAAAAAGUAUCGAUAAAAUAUAUGAUUUGAUGAAAAAAAUAACUGUGUCUCCAAUAUCACUUGAAAACAAACAAAAUGACAUUCAAAUUAUGAAUAAUAUUCAAGAAAAAGAAGUGAUAUCUGAAGGUAUGGAAAAUGUUACAAUACAAGAAAAUGAAAGUGGAACUAGUUUUAAACUUCAGUUCACGUCUUCUAAUCCCAGUAGUUUUGGAAACGAAAAUAGAAAUUAUGUAUUUGAAGCACAAAGAAAAUUUCCAACCAAGAAAACUGAAACUAGUGCUACGAUUGUUCCUAAAGUGGUUAUUAGUUCAAAAUUUCAAACUGAUAAGGUGGAGCAAAUAGAUCAUAAAACAAAGAAAGUAAACAAAAAGGUUGACUCUAAACUUGCUGAUAAUCCUUUAAGAGCUAUUUCUCAAUUACUCCAUGAAUUUGAUAGUGUCCAAAAAACAAGAUAUAAAAAUGGUAAAGAAGUCAAGUCACUUAAAAAGAAUGACAAUAUUACCGCCACGUCACGUCGGUUUGGAUUAAAAGUAGCAUCAUGUGAGGAAAAAAAUAUAAAGCGCAGUGAGCAAGGCAAUUCUCGUUUUUUUAAACCACUUAGUCCGACAAAAGAUUUGACAAUAUCUCAUCUAAAGCCAGGAGAAGAAAAAACUGUGCAUAAAAAGAAAUUAGCCGAUAUUAUUGAUGAAGUUAAGGAAAUGAGAGGAGAGGCUGUACGAGGUCCUUCAAAACGACCGAUUUUAUCCUCCAGAAUAGACAAUUUAGCGCAGCCGAAGAGAUCUUAUGUUAAAGCUCAUCAUGACGAUUUUCAAAAUAGAUAUAGUAGAAAUACAAUACCUAAAGUACAAAAGUCACCAAUAGCUUCCGUAUUAGUUCACGAAAAACCUAAGAGAACAAAUUACAAAAAUAAACACAGAGAGGGUAUCGAAAUAGAACAAAGACUAACAAAAGAAAUAAAAAAAAAUGGACCAUCUUUAGAGAAACCUCGACGAGCACACUAUAAGAGUCCAGUGAGAAAUGAAAAAAGCCCAACGAUGUCAGCGAAUAGAUUACCUAAUAACUGUAACGAUAAAAAUGCUACUAAUUUAUUAAAUAAAAACAUGGUAGCUGUGGAAACAUAUGUAAAAAGUCAUUUUGAACGAGUUUUAUCAACACGAAAUCAAGGCAAUAAAAACAUUGUACAUAAGUCUCGAGUUCCUCUGAUACCUCUUGAUAUUGAUAUUGCGUCCUUGACAUCAUCUCCUAUUGAAGAAGAAUCUACAAGUCUUGGAAAUAAAUUGCAUAAAAUGGUAAAUGCUAAGAUAAUUCCGCAUUCACUGGUUUUGCCCCCUUUUUCUGAAUAUAAGGAGAAUCCAUCUGAAACAGAUAAGGAUGAAAAGGUGGAGUCAGUUGAGCACUUAUCAAAACGGAGCACAACAAUAUCAACCGAUUAUCUUGUUGAUAUAUUUGAAGACAAAAAUAUCGUUACAGCUGUGGAGUGUGUUUCGAAAGAAUAUAACAAUGUUAAAAUAGAUCAAACUAAAAAUGACGAUGUUAACAUCCAGAGUUCGGAAGAACGUAACUCAUACAAUGUUUUACAAAAACUAGAAAAUGCCUUAUAUCGUCAAAUGUCUAAUGGAACGUUUCAAAAACGGUUGAGGUUAAAAAAUUUGACUUUAACGCCUAAACAAUCUAUGCAGCAGGUAUUUCUUCUACACUCUGGGGACGCAGGCUCUUUAAUUGUAAAGUCAAAAAUAUCGCAAAAACUAAACUUCUCUCAAACUGACAUUAUACCAAAAUUCGAUAUGCUUCCCGUUGUAUCCCCUGAUUCAAUAAAUAUUUUACCUAUGCAAAUAGCAACCGUAGGUUAUGUUUUCCCCUCAUAUAAUUUUUUUAAAAAUAAAUUAAGUAGUAAAAGUAAUAUUUUGGAAAAUAAAGAUUUUGCAACUAGUUUGCAAAUAACAACGUCUAAAAAUAAUAGUUGGGUGGACAAAAGUGUUGACUUUUAUAAGGAAAAUAAUGAACGACAAAGCUUGAAACAGAAUACUGAUCAAGGUAUUGAUUCGUGUAAUGUUAACAUGGGAUGUUCAAAAGAAUCUUCUAAUUUGCUAAAUGAGAAUACCGGACAGCCAGAAAUUAAGCAAAAAGGUGAUAAAAUCGAAUCUGAUGAUGUAAGAACAAAAAAUUGCGACAGUAUUAAUAAUUCCACGUCGCUGGAUUUACUUGUACGGCUUUUAAAUGAAAUUAAAAAGAUAACUACUUGCCAAUCAAAUUUGGUUACAGCCGUGAACGACAACGACACGUGUGGCGAUAACAAAGAACUAAAAAUAAUUCUUAACAAAGCAGGUGCCCUAGACAAUUCUUUAGAUCAAAGUGUAAAAGAUUCUAUUUCUAUUUCUUCUCUUGAAAAUCAACGUUAUAUACACCCCAGCAAUUUUUCAUUGUAUUUGCAAUCCAAUGUUGAUGAUUACUUACAUAAAUAUAAAUUCACUCAAGAUAUUAAAAACAACAAUGUGAAUGAUAUUCAAGCUCUGCUCGUUGAUAAAGAAAUAAAUGUUCAAAAGUCACUUAAACAAAUCAUGCACACAUUUACAGAUGUUCCAUCUCGAUUUUUUCCUAGUAAAGUUAAUCGUAGUACCCAUAUAAGUUCUUUAAUUGCUAUGGUUAACAAGACAUCUAUUGAGACUGUAUGUUCAUUUUCUGAUUGCCACGUAUUGUAUUCAAAUUCUACAUUUAAUAAUAUUAAAACUUGGCCGUAUGUAAACAAAACUCAAUCACUCACCUCAUCAAUAUGUAAGAGAGAAAAAUUAGAAGAAAAUAUUAAAAAAACAAAUAAAACGAAGAAUAUUCUGCAAGCGUCUCGCGUACAAGUAAUCCCUAACAAGAAAACUAGUCCGGAAGCAAAUAUACAUGAUAAAAGUUUUAAUACGCUUCAAGAAUUCAAUCCUCUGCUAAGAAUGAAAAGAGAUGUGUUGGUUACAGUAUAUUCAAUCCUUGUGUUUACUGUUUUCGCUGCCUUAACGAUUCCCGAUAUUAUAUCUCAUUCGUGAAUUU